CCAUGGUAAUCUUCUCUGUAUCGUUCCAAUUUUAACGGAUGUCCCGAAGGACAAGCCCGAGCAUUUAGCCAGUAGCUGCGCCUCCCUUUUCAUCGUCCCCACCCCCAAUCGAAUAACAGCAGUGAGAGAAGAAUAUAGCGUAGUUUUAUAAAAAGAAAAGCAAAACAAACAAACAAUAAAAAAAAACUCUUUUGUCCCUUCAUACCGCCCGGGCGCCACGUAGGGGCCGCCCAAUUCUCGCUUGUUCAAAGGCUGUUGACGUCACCGGGACUUCUGCACCGCUUCUCCUCAAGCUGGAAACCACUACCAGUAGUCGCCAUAGCCAAAAUCGCCAUAGCCAAAACUUUCCCAACUUUGUUCUCCUCCUUUCCCCUGUCGAUGUCUGUUGCUUACCCUUGGUUCUCGGCGGAAAACCGAAGUCUUGGCCGCACACGAUCUGUCAUUCAUUGCGCCUGACGGCGACCGUCCUUCCCCAACACAACGCACCCUCAUUUUGGCUGUACCUGACCUGAAAUAUAGCUUGUAUACAAUCAUUACCAGGGUGCGCUAUGUUCGGGGGAAGACUCCUCCUCCUCCUCCUCCUCCUCCUCUAUUCGGCGUCAUCAAAAUCGUCUCGUGAAUUCCCCUGAGUCAGUAACAUCCUGCUUCUUCUUCUUCUUCGUCGUCGUCGUCGUCUUCCUCCUCUUUUUCUUCUUCCUUUUCUUGUUCUUGCUCUUCGCCCUCUUCUUCUUCAGUCCGACCUCCUCCUCCUCCUCCUCCUCCUCCUCCUCCUCCUCCUCCUUCUUCCUCUUCUUCUUCUUCUUGGUUUCCCUCCUCUUUUUCAAUCAACAACAGCCUUCUUCUUCCGACUUUCUUCCUCUUCUUCUUCUUUCUCUGUAUUUGUUUCCUUCUUCUUCUUCUUCUUCUUCUUCUUCUUCUUCUCUUUGUCUUUCUUCUAUGGUUGAAACUACAAAGGUUAUGUUCAUAUCUUCAGUGUACCUUUGUGGGGACUCUCUUCCCUCUUCCAGCUUUUACUAAGUUGUUCACUUCACGAAAUUUUAUUUGCGUGAUUGGUUUUCGAUUUGCAAACACUGCGCCGGUCGGUCAUAUGCUGCUGCUUCGUCGUCAGAAGCUUCUCGGUCUUCGUGGUCAGUGUUCGAACGAAUCAUAUGUAAACAUAGCUAUAUUGUCGUGGUCGUCAUCACACGGCUGGUGCUCCGGGGUUGAAGGGGAGGCUAUGAGAAGCUGGCGACACGUGGCAGCUUAUCGUAGCCCUGGAAUCUGGUCGCCCAGUGUGAAACCAGGCUGUGCGACCUUCUUUGUCGCACAGUCAGGCUUCUUUGCUCGUCUUCUUGACGGCCAUCGCCAUCGCCAUAGCCAUCGCGAUCGCGAUCGCGAUCGCGACGUGUCUCGGAAAGAGAGUGAAAGCGACAAAAGGAGGACGGAGAGUAGCAGUCAGUGUUUGGCGCGCGGUGGGCGCUUGAGGGAGGACGGCUGCCAUCGCCACGUGUCACGUGGAGGGCGCUUGUGGGAGGACGGCUGCCAUCGCCAAUCCUUCCCAGUUGAGGGAAGAAUGAAGAACGGCGGAAGCGGAUCGGGAUGGGGAUCGGAUGGAGAUCAGCCGAAGAAGACCGUAGCUAUCAUUGGCGCCGGCAUUGCAGGCGUGGAGGUGAAGUAUGGUUGUUAUGUGGGGAGCUUCAGAAGGGAGUCGGACGACGAAGGGAGGGCCGGCGGCCAUUGGAUCCUGAAGUCAACGGACGAGAUUGACUUGGGAAAAUAUCAUGCUCUUGUAAUUUCGGAUAAGAAUUUGUCCAAUGAGAGGUUCACAGCACUGACGGGUUUGCCGCCUCCACUUGAGUUUGCAGGUGUUCCUGACAUGAAGAAGAAGAUGGAAUCUGUGCUGUCAAGGCCAUGCUUUGCUCUUAUGCUUGCUUUCAGGCAGCCUUUAGAACAGGUGCCGUUCGAUGGAGCAACCAUCGAGGGCUCGGAUCUGAUCUCUUGGGCGGCAAGAGACAGCAGCAAACCAAGAUGGAAAAUGACUUUUGACGAUCUGAAGGAUCCCCCAAAGAAGCUGGACCUGGAGUGUUGGGUGGUCCAUUCAACGGCAGAAUACGCAGCCAAGCGUAUUGCUGAGGCGCCGAAGAGGGGCAAGCCGUCGGCCGAGCUACUCGCAUCUGUUGGAGAUGAGUUAUUUCGCGAAUUCAAGACAAUCAUAGACGCUGAUGCGCCAGAGCCAUGCUUCAUGAAGGCGCAUAGAUGGGGAGGUGCAUUUCCCACAACUGCAGCAGCACCUGAGGGGGGAUGUCUUGCUGACUCAGCAAUGCAGAUAUUUGCCUGCGGAGAUUUCUGCACUGGACCGCGCAUCGAUUUGGCGAUAUGGAGUGGUCUUUCUGCUGCAAAAGCUGCAUCUGCUUCCCUGCAAAAGACACCAAGAUUGUGACGCGACCUGUCUGGUGCAAAACUUGUCGUGCAAAAGACACCGCGACUGUGAUGAUGUGCCUUGCUGACUCAGCGAUGCGGAUACUUGCCGUGCAAAAGACACGCCGACUGUGAUGAUGUGCCUUGCUGACUCGGCGAUGCAGAUACUUGCCGUGCAAAAGACACCACGACUGUGACGAUGUGCCUUGCCGACUCAGCGAUGCGGGUACUUAGUUGCCUGCAUAAAUGUUUUUCUGCUGCAAAGUUGGCGAUAUGUGUCGCAGGGUCUUUCUGCUGCAAAGUUGGUGGUCGCUGCCUCACAGGAGAAGGCAAGAAGAUUUGAAUGAUAUAUGCGACAUGAAAUGAUGCAACUCAAUGGCAUCAUGACAUGGGAUUGGAUUACAGAACGUAGGAAGUACGGGGAGACUUCCGUGAACUGUUUUCCUUGUCUCAGGUACUAAUCACAGACAUUAUUAUUGGGCGCUCAUUCUUCAUUUGAGGGUGGAGGAUUUUCUUUCUCGCUGGCCAUUCUCUGAUGACAAUUUCACAUUUCCUCC